GAUUUUUGAUUGUUGCCCAUCUCUAAUGCCUCUAACCUCGCGGUCUCCGAUUUGUUUAUGUCCUAUUUUUAUUGAAUUAUGAAUAUUUUGACAAAAGUAAAGUACAGCUGCAGGGUGAGCUCGGUUUUAAACAAAGAUGUGAAGCAGCACGGAAAGCAGUUCAUGUUUGAUACGCGGGAAGAAACUUCUUGGAACUCAGAUGAGGGAACCCCCCAAUUCAUUACCCUUAGUUUGGAGGAGCCACAGAAAGUCUCAGGAUUUAGUUUCCAGUUCCAAGGCGGAUUCUCUGGCCAAAAAUCCGAACUGAUCAUGUACUCCGCUGACGGAGCCCAAAUUCACCAAGAACCGUUCUACCCAGAAGAUAUCAACUCUCCACAGGUCUUCCCGAUCGCGGAAUCAGUCCGGGAAAAAGCCUGCUCAAAGCUGAAGUUCGUCUUCGAGUCCAGCACAGAUCUCUUUGGUAGAAUCAUUGUUUACGAUCUCCAGCUGUUAGGCUAGUCUCUGGCCCUAUAUAUCUUACUAAAUGUGUACAAAAUCUACUCUAAUCAAAGUCUAUAAAAUCGGAGCAUUA